GUCUUGAACUCCUGGGCUCAGGCGAGUCUCCUGCCUCAGCUUUGCAAAGUGUUGGGAUUGCAGGCAUGAGCCACCAUGUCUGGCCUCCUUGGGGUCCUUUUCUAUCAGUUGGUUUUGAUCUCUCUUCAUGUAGGAGACAGAGAGAGGCUAUAGGGUCAUGUCGCAGGUAGGAUUGUGGUCCAGUGCUCUUGCUGUGAUCUGGCUGGGGCAAGGAUAUGGACUCAGUGCAGGGCUCAGCAGGUGCAAGAGUGUCAGAGCUGUGGCCUCGUGUCUGUCCGGCACUGAGGGGCAGGAGAGACUUGUCAGGCCUCUGGUGGCCUGGGAAGGAGGAAGGAGAGAGAAGGGAAGGAGUCAGGCCGGGCCCCAGGGCAAUGGUUUCCUGAACAUGACUGGAAACUCUUGGGUCUGAUGGUCAGGUGACCCUUUCUCUCAGUUGGCUGGGCCAGAGCCACCCCUGACCUCCCUCCACUUCCUGCACCCUUACUCCCACUGGGGCUUCUGGGCUCAGCAAACAAAAGCACAAGACACCCAGGUCCAUCUCAGACGAGCAACAGAUGAUCUGUAGGUACAUCCUGUGCGGUAUUUGGGGUACACUAAAAAAAGUCAUUGGUCGUUGAUGUGAAAUUCUGAUUUAACCAGGUGCCCUGUAUUUUCCCUGGCAACCCUGUCCCCUGUGCCCUUCAGCGGUAUCUGGAAAUAUUUUUGGUUGUCAUGAUGGGGUGGGGUACAGGCAAGGGGUGCUGCUCAGCAUCUGGACAGCCCCCACCAUGGAGAAUGAUGAGGCUGAGAAAGCUCCCCAGGCCAGGGCUCUCCUUUGCAGCUAGUCUCCUGGCAGUCUUCAGGUGUGGCAGGGGUUGGGGUGGGCCUGGGGGUCAUGUCCCAGCUCAGUUGGUCCUGAGAAGCUGCUUGGUAGACAGUCACCGGCACAGAGGGCUGGAAAGUGCCCUUGACCCCAGAACCUGGGUCCUGUGAGGACAUCCACCCUGUGGGAGGCCAGGGAGUGCUCAGCAGAUGGGGGCAGCAGGGGAUUUCAGCAUGGGUGGGAGUUCCAGCCAAGGCAGGCAGCUGAGCCAGCCCCACCUCAGAGUGCAGGGGUCUUCAGCUUAAUCUUCUCUGGGCUCCACUCUUGACUGAUGGACCCAUGGGGCACCCUGGCCCUACCCUGCCUGUCCUGCCCCAGCUCCUUUCCUUGCCCUGUAGGACUCUGCGGCCUCCCCUGUGCCUGUGUGCCCAGCUUACUAGACCCUGGACCUGCGGUCCCUCAGCUCCACUCUAGUCCCCUUACUUUGUCCCUCUACUCUGCCUGGCGCUGCUCAGCUCCUCCCUGCCUGUCCAGUGCCCAGCACCCUGUGCCCAUGACCUCACAUCUGUCCCUCUGCCCGGGUCCCCUGCUCACCUGUGUUUUAGUCCAUCUUUGUCUGCUGACCCUAAUACAGACUUUAAAAAUACAAAUAUGCAUGCACGUGGUUAAAAACUUGCUGAUGUCAGAUGGCUGGGAUGAAAGGACUGCCUGCUGCCUUCCCUGUUGUAGUGCUCGGACACCUCUGCAGGGGAAGCUCCUUGCUUCCUUAAAGCCCCCUAUUCUUGUUUCCUGGAUGUAGUGCCUUCUUUCAGAUGAAGCUAUAGUUUUUUGGUUGUUGUCUUUUAAUAGGAGUUGCUUUUUAUAGCAGUUUUAGGUUCUCAGCAAAACAGCAGAAUGUGCAGAGAUUUCCCAUAUUACCCCACAACUUCCCCUAUCAUCAACAUCCCCCACCAACAUCUCCCACAGGUGUUUUUGUUUUUGUUUUUUCCACUUCUUAUUUUGAAAUACUUAUAGAUUCGUAGGAAGUUGCAAAAAAAAACACCUGUGGGAGAAGAUCGCACAGACCCCUCCCCAGUUCCCCUGAUUGCACACACAGGGCACAUCUAGGGUUUCCAGAUUUGUGUGUCUUACUUUGUGCGUGUGUGCAUGCAUGUGUAUAACUGUGAUUUUCUAAUGUGCGAAUACCUGUGGCCAUGAUCAGGCCCAUGUGGCUUCCUACUCCUGCCCCUGAAUGGGCACCCCCAACACCCCGAAACCUGUUCUCCAGUUGUAAAAUUGUGUCACUUCAGGAGUGUCAUAGAUGGAUGCACCAGCCUGUUAUUUUUUGGCCUUACCCUUUUCCCUCACCAUAGUGCCGUCAGAUCCACCCACUUCUGUCCAUCUCCAGCUCCCUGUUCUUGCUGAGAAGUCCCCUGUCGUGUGGUGGCACCUUGAGUCUCCCCUUUUGGCCGUUACUAGUAGAGCUGGCUGCUGUGAGCUUUCACUGCAGCAGGUUUUGUGUGAGCUGCAGUGUUCAUUUCUCAGUGAUCCAUGCCCGGGAGUGAGAGAGCCAGGUCACAGGGUAGUUGCUUGUUUGGUAUUGUGAGGACUUGCACCCUGUCUUCCAGAGGGGCGCCCGUUUUGGCUCCACACCAGCAGCAUGCCAGUGACCUCAUUUCUCCUCGUGCUGGCCAGUGUUUGGGUUCGCCACUGCGUUUGUCUGGGACACAUUGCCUGUGUUUCCCUGGUGGUGUGGUGACCUUUUCGCACCACACCUGCGGCUGCCCCUCUGUGCUGUCCUUGCUGUUCCUCCCAUCAUCUUAGCCCCACAUGUGUAAAUGACGUAUGUCCCCCUCCCUUGCCAGUGUUGUUUUUGAUGUCGUGUGACCACUGUCCUGGAGGGCGGGCCAGCUCCACUGGCUGUCACAGCUGGCUAUGCCGACCCUCCCUCCAUCAGGGUCCUCAGUAAGACCUGUGCCCACUGGUUCUGGGUGAUGAGUGUGAACAUUCUCUGUGGCUGCUGGCACGUGGGCAUGACCACAGGGUAGAGUGAGACUGCAGAGAUGAGGGCAGCAGGCCCCUGCUUGGCACGUGAAGCUCUGGGCAGCUGGCAAGGACUGAGCCCUCUCCUGGCUGGAAGGGGCUGGGCCACCAGCUUGUGGGCUCCUCUCUGGCAGGCCCUCUGGGGGUCUUAUUACCUCCCUGUCUCAGCUCUCAUGGGUCUGUGAAGCCUUGUGCAGUCCACACCUGCAAUCAACCCUAGCCAUGUAGGUGGCUGCACCCGAGGUGUCUCCACUUAGUGCCCCCCACCUGACAUGCCCCACACUGCCCGGGCCUCUCUUCUCCCCACCAUCCAUCUGGUCAGGGGUCAUUCGUGUGGUGCCUGCCCCAAAUCCUCUGAGGAGGGCUGCCUGGAGUGCAGGUCAGAAUGGCUCUGGGGUAGGGUUCUGAGACUUGACUUGGGGAGGCAGGUGGUGGAAAUGGGCAGAGUGGUCCUCAGGCAUGUUGUACCUCCCUGACCUCCUCCUGGGCUCCUCACUCCUCCCUCUUGCCCACCUGAGGACCCUUGGGCUCCUCGAUGGCUUCCCUGGGCUGCAACAGGCAGGUCUGGUUCUCAGUGGCUGUGCAUACCGUUUGUCUGCGGGACCCUGCCCGUCCCUGCUCCCGCAUCCAGUGGACUGUUGUCAUUUCUUCCCUAGGCUCUGGGACUACUCCAGACGAUGCCCUUGGGCAGGCUAUUGUAGUUCUGCCAGUCCCUGGGCAAACGGGGUCUGUCUGCGCUGGCCCCUGUGAGCUUGUCUCUGCCUGCUUAGAGGAGAGCUCUGGAGGCGCAGCUCCACGUGGCUGUGGGCAGGGAUCUCCAUGCGCUGGUCCAGGUGUGCCCUGCCUGGCCUGAUGUGCAUUGUCUGCACGUAUCCUCUCAUUGCUGUGGGCGUGGCGCUCUGCGCUGGUCUCCGUGGUGCUCGCAUCUAGCUGUGAUGCGCGCCUUGGGAGGUGCUGCCGGGUGUAGCUAUGGGCGUGGCUCGCUGUGGGCGUGGCUCCCUGCUUGUGGUGACCCAGGCGCUUGCCUUGAAGGUGCAGUCCGUUGUGGCUGAGGGCAGGGCUCCUUUCGUUGGUCCACGGUAUACUCCUCUGCCCUGGCUCCAGGAACACUCGGAGGAGGUGUCUGGCUUUCUCCUGGAGUGUGACAGCUCCGUGCAGGGUGCGCUGCAGAAGCACCUCGCGCUGUACAGGAUCCGGCGGAAGGUCACGGUGGAGCCGCACCCCGAGCUGCGAGUGUGGGCGGUGUUGCCCAGUUCCCCUGAGGCUUGCGGGAAUACACCGCUGCAGGAGAGUGCAGGGACUGCUGCCAUCCUCAUCCGCGACCCGCGAACAGCAUGCAUGGGGUGGCGGCUCCUCACCCAGGACGAAGGCCCAGCCGUGGUGUCGGGGGGCCAGCUCGGGGACCUGUGGGAUUAUCACCAGCACCGAUACCUGCAAGGCGUUCCUGAGGGGGUCGAAGACUUGCCUCCUGGGGUGGCCUUGCCGCUGGAGUCCAACCUGGCCUUCAUGAAUGGCGUGAGCUUCACCAAAGGCUGCUACAUCGGCCAGGAGCUGACAGCCCGCACCCACCACAUGGGCGUCAUCCGCAAGCGCCUCUUCCCUGUCAGGUUCUUGGACCCCCUUCCUGCCAGUGGCAUCACCCCCGGUGCCACGGUGCUGACUGCAUCAGGACAGACUGUGGGCAAGUUCAGGGCCGGCCAGGGCAACGUGGGGCUGGCCCUGCUGUGGUCAGAGAAGAUCAAAGGUCCUCUGCACAUCAGAGCCUCUGAGGGUGCUCAGGUGGCCUUAGCUGCAUCUGUGCCAGACUGGUGGCCUACGGUCUCCAAGUAGCCCGAAGCCUUGGCUGGUGCAGGCUGAUGGGGAGGCUGGGACCUGGGGCCUCUGUCCUCUGUCGGGGGUCUUCCCAUUCCGUCUGCUGUGCCUACUGGAUGGGAGCCCUGGUUCCCAUCUGGGAAAGUCCCCCUGCCUGGCCCCGCCCAUGCUCAAGGGCCCCAGGGCCCCAGGCACGUGGGUUGUUUUCUUGCUGGGCUUCCUGUGGCCCCAGAGGAGCCCACUGUGUGAGUGCUGAGCUCCAGGUGGCGCCGGGCCCCAAUUGUGGCUCCACACAGGGUUGUCUGGGAGGAUGGGACAGUGUCUCUGGCCAGCACUGGCAGCUUCUGUGCCUUGCACCCCACUCUGCCCUGCAUGAGCCUCAUGGGGGGUUGGUCCCUGUGCCUGAAAGCUGGGUGGUGUCCAGGGUCUGCAGGUUGGGGCUCGGGCUUUGGGAGUUGUUUCACCGUGCUUGUUUCCAGCAUGUCUCAGGGUGGGCUUGUGCAUGGUCUAGAGGGGUCUGGGACAUUGGAUCAGGUGGCAUGUGGGUUUCUGUGCAUGGAGGAGCACACAGGGCUGAGCCACCAGGUAUCCCAUGCUGGAGGCUUGUGGAAGGCUGUGCCCAUUGUCCAUGUUUCCCCACCUCUGUUCCUCCUCAGAGCCCUCCAGGAGCGUGGGGUGGGGCCAGCACAGGGCUCAGGAACCAGCAGAGCAGAGUUCUGCAUGUGUGUGCUGGGUUUCGGCAUAGCCUGUGUUUGCAGUGAGAGUGACUUGCUGUCAGUUGUGGGGUGCAGCCUCCUCUUCACCCACUGGCUUCCCCCUUCCCACUGAAGUGUGAGCUCCAUGUUUCAGGGCAUCUAUUAAAGAGUGAGCCACAAGCA